UCAAGUACGUCGCAUCGCAAAUCAAAAAUAAAACUGAAAAAAUGUCAAAAAGGUACCCGAAUCCGGUGUCGAAGUACUUUAUAUAUUACGAAAAGACUCGGAAGAGCACCUGCAAGGCAUGCAACUUCGAUAUGGCCGGUCGUCACUCCGAGAAUCUGAUGAGGCACCUCAAACGCAAGCAUAAGGAUGUCUACAAUUCUGUGGUGGCCGAAAAGCAGGCCAUCCUGGUCCGUCGCCAGCAGCAGGCAAAAAAGGGUGAAGUAGACCCUAAAGACCACGUUCUGGCCUCAAUGUUCCACUUUCCAUCGGAACCCAAAAAAAUUCUCAUCACCAAGGAUGCCUCUCAGCUGCCGACCAAUAGUAGCAUGGAAACCACAGAUAUGGUGGAUGAUGAAGGGACCGGCGAUGGAGAUAAUGAGGACAACGCAUCCGGCAGUCAAUUCGACGGGAUCUUUAUUGGGAAAUCGGAGCUGCCCGAUGAGGUUAAUCAAUUGGACAACUCUGGGGACGUCGAACUGGAGACAGUGGCUGCAUCUAUAGCCAAACCUUUGACCUCAUUGAAGGCGACUACCGCCCACCACAGUUUGCCCACCAGUUCCACUUCUACUCCUGCUCCUGCUCCUGCUCGUGCAUCCUCAUCGAACUGCCCAUUGGAUGGUGAUGAUGCCUUCUACCUUCAAUAUCUGGGCAACAAAUUGAGCAAAUAUUCGUCCCGCACAAAGAACACAGUCCAGUUCCAGAUCAAUCGCAUCCUGUACAAGGCCGAUAUGGGACACUAUGAGGAAUCAAGCCUGCCCUGCGAUUCCGACUCCUUUUAGGAGCUCACUUGGCGAAUGUGUUAUUAAGUCCAAAAACUAAGUAUGUUACUUUUUGCAUAGCAAUCAAAUAAAUCAUUAUCCCACGAGUUGU